AGGAAACCUAGUCACAAAAGUGUCUUUUUUUGUUUCAGUUGUUACAGGAGAGAAAAUGGAAGUAACACAACUUCCGGAAACCGUAUCGGUGAAAGCUGGAGACAGCCUCACUCUAAAGUGUACAUUGAUUGGGGCAAAUUUACCCGGAGGCGUGCGGUGGUUCAAAGGGCUGGACAGAAACCAGCCCCCCAUUUACAGCGAUAAGCAAGGAAUUUCCAAUCGGGGGGUGAGGCUAGUCCCAGGAUCCAACACGGAGUUUAGCAUCAAUAUCCCAAACAUCCGUCCUGAAGAUGCCGGGACCUACUAUUGUGUGAAGUUCAGGGCAGGGUUCCCAGAGAGAGAACUGGCUUGGGGGAAAGGCACGCAGGUCUUCGUAAUUGAGAUCACAGUCAGCUUGUUGAAGAAUGGAAAAGAAAUACAGGCUGCCCAGACCAACAUCCUGAAUUUGGAUGGAACAGAGAACAUCUCGUACCGAGCAGAGAGCAUGGUGGAAAUCCUGCUGGAACAAGGAGACGUGAGGUCUCAGCUGACCUGCCAGAUCCAACACAGAUUGUUGAUGGUCCUCUCCAGCAGUCCUUCCCACUCAGUGAUGUCCUAA